CCGAGGGCGCCAGCACCUGAGCGUCGUCGCUUGUUCUGUCGUCUGUGUCGUCCUCAUCUUCGAAAAGUUGACAUUCGUGACGUCGUUUCGUCGAUGGUCAUGGUACUUACUAGUAAAAACUACUGCAAUUGAUACAAGAACGCGAUUGCUCAAUCUAUUCAAUUUGAGAUAAGCAUACUUAUUCAUUACUCAGGACUACUACAGAAUAAAGAGCUUUCGACUUCUUGUGAUGUGUGUUUCGAUAAAAUUUCUUGGCUAGGGGCAAAGUGCUUGGCUGCGUUCUUGCGCCGUCGCUUCAUCUUGUGGAAAGAUAAUUCAGGCACAGAGUUACGAGUUACUAUUUAGGUCAGAUCGAACUUCUAACCAAGAGCUAUUUUAGAAUCAGAAAAGGGGCUGCUACUCCAUGAAAAUGUACCAGGGCGAGCAAAAACACUACACGUACUCACAGACAUAAGAAUGUGCGAAGAGGAGCAAGUGUUUUUUAUUCUUGAAUGAUAUUGAAGAAAGUCGUUGUUCUCUUCGUCGUUGUUCUUCGUCGUUGUUGAGAACGGAUACUACCUGAAAUUCAACCAAAAACCAUGGGGGCGAGGGCCUCGUGAGGGUCCCUGGAUGCUGCAGGUUGGCCAUAGCGAGCCUAAUGACCCCGGUGAGCCUCGCCCCUUUAGGAAACAAAUACGUCGGUCGAAAAUACAAGAAACAAAAUAAUGACGUCGUCCCUCUCGCUGACAGCGCCACCGCAGCACGGGUCACCGCGUAGCCCCGCCAAGGAGUUAGAUAAACGGCCUCGGAUAGCAAUAGCCUAGUAAGAGUAAAAAAGAAAGUAUAGAAACCGGGCCAAUGAAUAUAGAAAUAGCGCAUAGAUUAAUUAUACACUCCACCCGCGCCCGCCGUGGUCGUGACCUUCGUGCCGUGAUCGAGCGACGCGACAAGGGCCUGCGUUUUUCUUAGGGACGAGGGCGCAGGACAUGUCAGUGAGGGGAACCCGUGGGCUUGUCCUCGUCGAUCUUUUUCCGUUCCCCCGGUUAUUCCUUUGAUUCCACACAGGCUAUCUUUCUUUGUGCAUCAGCGCAGCCAGCUUGCUCGAGAACAACGCCCUUCUUAACGAAGUCGGACGUGGACGCGCCUACACGCGCGACAGAAGGACUGCCGCCAACGACGGGGGAGGGUCAGCCGAGGAUCGACGACGGGGGAGCUUUCUGUACUACGUCGGAGCGGGCGACGUAUUGAUAAUAUCAUCAUGAUGCACUACUUCAUGUCGACGGUGGAGGGAUUGGGAAUCCUCCACUGCGGGCUUCAGCCGACAGGUAACUCUGUUGCUUCGCCCUCACAACCAUUCGUCAGUAGUGGCUCACUUCUUCUCGUCGAACAGGCGUGGCGUCUGGGCACUCCGGGUACGGGCCCUAGCGGUUUCCAACCGCCUAGUGGUCACCAACCGGCUGUGGUCAGCGCCACAAAUCCAAACUUUGCGCCCCGAGCUCUCUCGCUGUGGUUUGACACGCAUCACGGUGUAGCAGCUAGUAUGUUGCGUCGUCUCUCCACCGGGAAAUUACGACAUCAAGUGAAGACGUACAGCUGGCAGAUACAACUACCGCGGAACCAGCGAGCCACUACAUUCAAGCGGCCAGCGACACCAUGGGGGCGUUUGCAGUACAGACUCGGGGACGGGCCUUGAGCGGAGAAAAGGAGAUCUUCAUGGGUCGUGGCACUGAAGUCCUAGGUUUUGUACACCUGGCAGGGCUAUUUGUCCACGAUGUAAAAACCUAUCCCCAGCUCGGCUAGUCGUCCUCAGAAACAUGUCCUAUGGUUAGCUUAAAAAAGAGAGUAGCUUAGUAGUUAGAAGCUGACUAUAGAGGUUUCCUCCUCCUCCUCCUCUUGUGGAAAGAUAAUUUUCGUUUUCGUACCUCCGCCUCCCACGAUCACACGACCACUGCCCAGCCAACUGCAACCAACUGCAGCAUGCUGCGGCCUUUCGGCUACAACACGGCUGCAUCGACGCUCGAAGACCAACAAAACUUGAAAUCCUAACGCGCGACUGUGACGCAGGUCGUCCUGGUCUUCCUCCAUGAGCCCCGUAGUAGUUCGUGGUCGGGUCAGCGGAGCUCCAGGGGGAGCCCCUACUGCAACAUCUCCUGCCUCUGCAGGGCGCUUAUCAAAGACGGCGUCGAAUCAACCUGGUUUGUUACAACAACAAGUAGAACAGCCGCAGCAGCUGGGGAUCGUUUCCGAAAUUAUACCUGAUUUGUUGUGGGUCACCGACACCUUUACCGCACAGAAUGAGCAGGUGGUCACACAGGAAUUUCAGUUCACACACAUUGUCAACGCAACCUCCUCCAUGCGAAAUUUCGUGGCUGGGGGAUCCACGCUGACAAAAACGUAUGAUUUUCUCGUCAUCAUGUAUUCCUUUGGAAAUACUGUUUCCUCUCAGGUUGAUCAGUACUCUGCGCGUGGUGGUGGUGUCCACCUCGAUGACCUUGUACAUAUUAAAAUCUAUGUGUUGACAAAAAAACCUCCAUCAGGUUCCCAAACGUGAAAUACCUCGACGCACCAAUCGAGACAGAAGAUGCGGCCGAAUCUUCUAGCCAAGCACCGCACGAGAACACGCCAACUCAGGAAGCUUUCAAUCGCACCUUCGACUGGAUUGUCACUGCCUGCCACCGACGAACGCAGAUGAUUAAUAACCAGGCGGGGCGUGCGGUGACUGACAGUACAGCAAAAAAUGCUACUGCGCAAGAUGAGGGACUAGUGCAGGACAGCAAGCACGUAUACGGUGAUGUGCGCGUUUUGAUCUGCAGUGAUGAGAGCGGGGGACCGCAGUUCUCCAAUUCUGAAGCGUCUGGACUGUUGGCCACCGCGUUUCUGAUCAAGUUCGACUCUAUCGAAUACGGCACAGCACCCUUUGCCGCCUAUCAGUUUGUGCAGAGCUGCCGGAAGCCGUGUAGGAAACAGGGAAUUUUUGGAGAAGAUUUUUGAGGAGGGACGUCGUCGAUUCGUCAAUUUCAAAACUGCAUGGUUUUCAGAAAUGCCUGUUACUUCUAUUGGUGGUACGACCGAGUCUUACUUAGUCGUAAAAAGCAGGCGGCUGUUGGUACUAUUUCAGACGCAUGACAAAUAGCAUUUUUUGCAUCGAGUUGGGCCGUUCUCUAGAAUCUUCGUUUAUUUCCCUAGGAUACGUUUUCAGCUGGAGACCGUCGGGCUGAUGAAAGAGCUGCUGCACUGGACCGAAACGGUGAGGGAGCAAGAGGUACGUUUUCAUUUUGUGCUGCAGCAUGGAAAACAGAAGGACAAGGAAGUUGGAACAAUAGAAGUAUUCAACAAUUUAUUACUUUUACAUUUUCUGAUGCAGGAGCCAUAGCAUGCCGAGUACGAAGAACCAUAUUCUUGGCGUGGAAUCUUCGGCAUUGUCUCUAUCAGGUUUCCGCGACGCAGCGUGGGGACCAGUUAGAAAAGUGGAAUGCGGAGAAGCAAAAACUUCAACAGCUCAUCGCCAAUCCGCCCGCACCCCGGAAGCAGCUACCGGUUGCGGAGGGGGAGACGGUCGGGGGAAGACGGAAUUCCCGAGCGAGCGUCGUGCAGUCGCGCGAGGCCCCGGUCCCCGGAGCUUGUAGCCCCUGCAGCGAGUCGUGUGUCAUUCUGUAACGUGAUUUAUCAUGAUCAUGAUGUUGAUCAUGCAGCCAGUGUUCAGCAGCUGGCUUCCUCGUCAGUUGUAAUAUUUAAUUUGAUUGUUUCCCCCAUGUAAAAGAGAGGAACUUCUCCACUACAGUCUUCACACCAGAGCUUGUUAUGUUUUGUCUUUACAUAUUAAUAAAUUUGAUGGUGUUGGUGCAUAAAAAAAGAGCUCGGAUGAAGUUGUGAUUGGGAGGGAACUCCACUCGGUGGCCUGCUCUUCUAGUGCUCUAUGUAACAAAAAUUGUUUCCAAGAAGAACGAGGAUCGGCAGUGUGCGUCGGUGAACUAUCAAAGAUAAAGACGAAAUAAGCAAGCCGGAGCACUGCCCCACCGAAC